CACGACCUUCUCAAUAUGGCUACCAGCAGUCACUUGAGAGCAGCGCUUUUAGGCUUCCGAAGGGUUCUUCAAACCGUGUACAAAUGGUUCCGCUAGAUGACGUGGCAGUGGAAAAGACGCUCUGGAUAGGAGUUGAACACGUACGUACCUCUGCACUUUGACCCACUGAUAGCAUGCAGUUAACUCUGAUCCAGCAACCACUGUGUCUGUAAUAAGGCACAUUCAUGUGGCAAAUGGACUUUGACUGGGGACCUGAAAACAAGAUACAUUCAGUCUGUGUCUUUGCUUGUACAGGAUACAUGUAAAAUAUUUGUUUGGUUGCAAUGGACCGUGGAGCUCCACCUUGGGUCAGGCAGUCUCAAGGCAGGCCAGAUGCUGAAAUGGAUCCUUGGAGGGGAUUGCAUCCUCAUGACAUUCCUCAUCAAUUAAGUAACAGUACAUAUGGAUAUUACCCUCAACCACAUGCAAGAAGUGGUCGGCCCCCAUGGCCAGCCCCUUGGAUGGACUACUAUUCCCAGCAUUCAGCAGCAGCACCUUGGUAUGAAAAUUGGGGUAGGCCAGCCUCUCAGAUGGAGACCACUGAAAGAAGUAAUACAGUCACCUACAGGCCACUGUCCAGGCAGGGAUAUGAUGAAAGAUAUGCAGUUUAUCAAAAUACUGGCUGGGAAAACAAUACCGGUGCAGACUAUUUCUAUGCCCACCCCAGGACUAUGCCAAGAGAAGAAGCAUGGCUGAGAGAAAUCCAAAGAAAGCAAACUGAACAGUGGUCCCAUGGCAGGCCGCAGCCACAGACUGAUUCUCAUAAAUGGAUUCGGGGCUAUGGUGAUAGCUGGGUCCUAAGUCAAGAACAAGAUGGUGAUGUGUUGGACAAACCUGAGUCACAAAGUUCAACGGCACCUAGUAUUUUAUCUCAGUACCGAGACUCUGGGAUGUCAUCUAGCAGCUAUGAGCUAAGCCAGUACUUACAAGACUCUGAUCCAUGGAACACAAUGCAGGGAGAAGAGAUGUCGGAAUGCACUCCUCAGCCAACAGCUCCUUUCAAGUUUUCUCUCCCACAUGUCACUGUGUGCUUUGGUGCCCAAGGGCAUCUAGUCAGAGUGUGCCCCAACUUUCCAGAUGAGGGACAGCCUGCACUUGUGGAAAUACACAGCCUUGAGGUGCUUCUCCAUGACACAGUGGAACAGGAAGAAAUGAGGAACUUUCCAGGCCCUGUGCAAAGGGAAGAUUUACAUAAAGUAGACAUUAUCAAAUUUUGCCAGCACAAUGUGAGUCGAUGCCUCAAGACGAAGGGGAAUGGAAGCUGCGAUGAAGCUCUACUUUGGCAGAUACUCCUGCAGAUGUGUCGGCAGAAUGGGUGUAUGGCUGGGUCAGAUGUAGCAGAACUUCUGCUACAAGACUGGAAAAAGGAAAGGUACCAAGUAGAGAAACAUGAAGCUAACCUCAUCAGCUUAAGUGAAGACCCACCACUGAUACCAGACUGCUUCCAAGCUGAUCUUUUAACAGGGGAAAUGCCAUCGGCUUCUGAGACCUAUGCAAAAGCUGUGGAGAAAUUCACCAAGCUGCUGUUCUUUGGUCGGAAAAAAGAGGCGUUGGAUUGGGCAAUGAAGUCUCAGAUGUGGGGACAUGCCUUAUUUCUAUCAAGCAAAAUGGAUCCAAGAACAUAUAGCUGGGUCAUGGGGCGGUUCACCAGCACAUUGGCACAGAAUGACCCCCUGCAAACGCUCUUCCAGUUUAUGGCAGGGAGAAUACCACAAGCAGCUAUGAGCUGCGGUGACUCCAAGUGGGGAGACUGGAGGCCUCACCUGGCUGUUAUUCUGUCCAAUCCAAUGGCAGAUUCAGAAACGAAUCGACGUUCUGUUAUAACAAUGGGAGACAAUUUAGUACUUAAAGGCUUUACAGAGGCUGGCCACUGUUGCUACCUGUCAGCUGGAAUUGCUUAUGGCCAAAAUUGUGAGAAUUCAGAUCUUAUUGUUUUGUUGGGAAGCAAACACAACAAGAGUUUUCAGAAGUUUGCCAGCUUAAGGAACAUCCAGUGCACUGAAAUUCUGGAAUAUUGCCAAAGCUUGAGGAAACCCAUGCACUGUAUGCCUUCAUUUCAGGUGUAUAAAUUGCUUUAUGCUGCUCGACUGAUGGAUUAUGGUCUGACAUCUCUAGCUCUGCACUACUGUGAGUGUAUUGCCUCUGCAGUGCUGGCUCACUCUGGAUCUGUGGUACUGAUAUCUCAGCUAAUCAAGCUAGCCGAACGUCUGCGGUACUCUGAUCCACGACUUUUGGACAGACCUGAGCUAGAACAAAGCCUGGAUCCAGAGUGGCUAAGUCAGCUCAGGGCUCUUCUGAGGCAGUUACAGCUGAAUGCCCCUGCAGCAAGAUUAACCCCCGUAAAUGAUUCUGUCCAAGAUAACAAAGUGGCAGAUACAGAUUCUAUCAGUAGGAAUACAGUCCAUCAUGAUGAAGAAAAGACUUAUCCAAUGUUUGAGGGACAGAAUUUGGAGUCGGAGGCUGGAUAUGGUCUUCAGUGUACACCCCAGUUCCCAGCCGUUAAACCUACCGAGGUCCUAAAUUAUAGCUUAGCGGAUUCUCAGCCAGUAAUAAGUGUUGAAGUACCCCAAAGCAAAAGCAUCCAUGAACAGGAUCACCAGCAAGAAAGCAUGGACAGCCUAUCACAGUCAGUUUGCCAGAGCAGCUACAUUCAUAACAGCGACCCUACUGUGCAGUGCCCAUCUCUAUCAAGAAGGAUUAGGACUGUUUCAGAGAGCUCCACUGUUUCCAUGGAAGAAGAUGGUGGGGAGGAACAAACAGAGGACCAAGCAGUAUCCAAGGAGCCUAAUGACAUAAAGAAGGGCUCUAGCUUUGGAUGGUUUGGGUGGUUUCGUUCAAAGCCAUCAAAACAAACAGCAAUUCCAGCAGAAGUACCUGAAACCAAACCUGAGAUGAGCCCAAAUGCAGUCAAUCUUUCUACUUCACAUCCACCACAAUACAUGCCACCAAACACCAAAAGAAACCUCUAUUCCAGAGGCACAGACAUAAAAGCUAUUGAAGAGCCACAGAACAACAAUAGCACUUCAGUAUUAUCAGAAAACCAAGGUCAUCUGGAGAACAUGAUGAGUCCAACGCAUUUUUCAUCUGUUGCUGACUGGCAGACUAACCAACCUGCAGGAGCUGUACCCAUGUAUAAUCCUUUGCAGUUUCCUUCAGAUGGGAAAACUGUGAGCAAUCCUAACUGCCUUAUUCGUGGACGGUACCCAGUACAGCCCCAGUGACUGCAGCUUCAGAGACUGAAAGACUGAAAUAUGGACAAAUAAUAAAAAGAAUGGCACUCUGAGAUUUGAAAUGGUUUUGCUGUACUUGAUACUGCAUAAAAAAGAAUGAGUUUUAUUCUGUGCAACUAUUAAAUUCUAUUGAACACUUACUUUAUUUGCAGUAUUCAAAAUGCUUCCAGACACAAACAAAAGUACCAAUGCUUUAACAUGUGCCAUAUUUUUUUUCCUCUAAAGAAAACAGCAGCCAACAAGCACACUUUCCCAUGUCAAGUAUGGGGUCAAAUAUGAACAUUCUGCAAGCAAUUGUAUUUACUCUUUAGCACUGUACCUUUGCUAUUUUGACCAGAUCAAGCAGGAUUGCUGUUAAUUUAAAAACAUCGAGUAUGCAGGUUCAAUAUUUUCUUGUUUGGUGGGCUAUCUACAUUAUACAUUUGCCAGGUACUGUAUAUAUCCUGAGCAGGUUUCUUGUUUCCUUAUUCUUAUUCUUUUCUGCCAGCAUUUCUCCAUUGAUCCUUUACUACCUGGGUCUCUCUAGUAAAUACACUGCCUUUGUGGCUUCCUAUGUAAUACUGUAUUUUCUCAUGGAAGGGCUAAUAUUAUUUCAGUGUUCAUAGUUUGUGGAAUAAUUUAUUUUGGAUAUUAUUAUAGAGAAAGUAUUGACUUUUAUAGUAUUUUUACUGAUCAGUUAAAUAGCAGAACUAUUAUAUCUGAUUAAAAUCAGGGUUGGACUAGGCCAGCAGGGCACUGGGAAAACUGACUCAUUCCCCAUGGCACUCCCCUGUUGUCUGAUCUCUCUCCCCCGAUGCGCCAAAGAUAAGUAAGAAGGUACGCGUGCUUGGGGGAAGGGAUUGGGCAGUCAGCGGGGGCAGCCUUGGCGGUGUGGGGGCUCCCGGGGAGGUGGCCCCGGUGCUGAUAAAAAUGAGCAGCCUUUCAUAUCUACCAGAUGCAACAUUUAAAAUGUAUUGUAGUUGCAAAUAUUGGUUGCUUUGCAGUAGAAUUACCUGCAAGUUCUUACAGUGUGCGCAUCCAUGAAAAAAGUGUCACUGACCAAGGUUUUGACAAGUUCAUGCUGUAUAUGCCCAUUAGCAAACUAGAGUUUCUCUAGUGUUUGGCAGGAGAAGGACGGAUCUAUCUCUAGCCUAUAUUAUGGUCCUCAGUCUUGUUAUAUAAUUUGUUCGCAAUGGUGCACAGCAUGUUUUUGGUGAUAAAACACUGGAAAAUACCCUUGUAUUAACAGCCCUUGAAAAACCUCUUCCUAGUCAGUUAAAUACCGUCAUGAUACCAAAAUGCUUUCUUCCAUAUUUUUGCAUAAUUGCAAGAUUCAGCUGGCUAGGAAGAGGUACUAUACAUACAAAGCGAUUUUUUAGUGAUUUGUCACCUGCAGAAUCCAUGCAAAUUGUCCUAAGGGUAUUGUAUACAAUACAUCAUUUUGUGUUUACAUAUUUCAAGUAAUUUUGUUUUGGAAUAAAAUUGUUUAAAAG